AUGCCACAGCUGAUAAGCCAGUAAAAGUCCUCCUUUCUGGGCUGGAGACAUAGAACCGGUCCAAAUGGUACCACCUCCAGGAAGCCUUCCUCCUCCUGGUUGAGAGCCCUGCGCCAGAAUCAGAUGGACCGGGGUUUGAAUCCCAGCUCAGCCAUUUACACCCACUGUCUGACCUUGGAUAAUUCCUUACCUCUUUGA